AUGGAUGAGAUCCAGAUAGCCCUGUCUCCACAACAGCCAGCAGUGAGCCGUACUAAGUACGAGGGCAUGGCAGCCAUGCCAGAAACGUCAGGCUCCCCUUUGGACUACUCAAAGUGGAAGAGGAUCGCGCUAGAGGAGGCUGCGGAAGAAGAGGACGAGGUCCAGCGCUAUGAGCGCGACGUGGCGAAGGAGCCCAUCGUCACCAUGGACGACGUGUACGCGAAGGAGGCGGGUCGCCUGCGGCAAGUAGACCGGCUCCAUGAGCUGAAGAUCAAGAUGGCCGUGGAGGCCUAUGAGAAGAAAAGAAGGCCCGCCGACACGGUCAUGCACCACUACUGGGUGAAGGAAGCUGGUGAUCCUGAAGCCAUUGGCGAGUACUUUCCCACGGGUGACGAGCGCAAUGGUGCGCCCCUGUAUAGCUGGGUCAUCGGCAGCUUACCUGACCGACGCCCCCUCUACGGAGUAAAGAGUGAUGAUCUCUCCGCGCCGACCUUGGGUUGGAAGGCUUUUACCGCUCCAGAACCUGCUCCUGUGAUCCGGUACUACUCGAAGGUCGCAGCAGCUCGGACUUUCAAGGAGCGCGGCAAUCGUGCCUUCGGCCAACGCAAGUGGCAGGAUGCGGAGUCAUGGUACUCCCAGGCAUUGAAGUGUGGCAUGGACCAAAGGGAGCAUGCGGAGCCUUACGCACUUCUUCUGUCAAACCGCUCAGAGACGCGGAUGCGAUUGCAGGACUUUCGUGGUGCAGCUGACGACGCAGAUGAGGCUCUCAGGCACAUCCGAGCCUUCGCCGUGGCUACAGGGGACGCCGAAAGCCUGCGACAGCUUCAUCAGAAAACCGUGCUACGCCUUGGCCGUGCCUUGCAUGCCAUGAACCGAAUGUCGGAGGCAAUGCGGCUGUUGCACCACGAGCGCCGCAACUACCCCCAUUGCCAGGAGAUGCAACGAAUGGCUGAAGCAACUCGCCUCGCGUUGCGGUCUGUAGGGCGCGGGACUCCAUCUCAGUCCCGAGGGGAGAGACAGGAGGCUGGCAUGGACAGCGCGCACGGCCGAAAACUGAUGGAGUUCGUCGCGAAUGUUUCCGAGGACCUACAGAAGGAGUUCUUAGCCUUGAAGACUGCGGAAGCAGAGGGCAGCUUUGCGCUGCCUCUGUCACUCAUGGCCCUCCUCAGCAAGCUGGAGUACACCCUCACCAAAGCCCAGGAAGUCGAAAGUGAAGUCAUGGAAUCUCUGCAGGCGCUGCUUCAGAUCAAUGGAGUGUUGCGAUUCUUGAUCGGCGUCAUCCAGGCGCAAUGGCGCGUGAACCUGGAAGGCAAGUUCGUGGACCUCUUCAAACUCCCAGGUGCCUCUACCGUUGCAUCCGUGAUUUCGCUCAUCUGCGAAGGCAACGAGCCGAACCUGCGGCUUCUUGCAGCAGACGCGCACUGCUACUGGGCACUCUUGGGAGGGUGCAACUGCAAGGUUGAGAAGGAAGUCUGCGAGCGACUGAUCUCCUUGGUCCAUGGUCUGUGGGAGCACUGUAGACACCAAAGCUUAGAAUUGGUCCAGACCAACAGCGUGGUCGUGGAACGUGCUGCCUUCUACCUGUCGCAGGCCUUGCAAGCUUCGCCCCAAGAUGACUCGGUCACGGGACCUGAUUCGCCGAUGGUCUCACCCGCCUCCCAAGAGCAGGCCGCUCUGCUUUUGCUCGACGCCAUCGCCUGUGGUGGUCAGGGAGGCUUCUUCACAAGUCCCCAGGCGUGCGUGCGAACUCUUGGUGUGCUGGUUGCAAAGAAUGCCAUCGAUGAUCCGCAGCUUGUGUCGGCGGAGGAGAUUACGCAGAUGCUCCGGACCGUGCGCUACAUCAUCGAGUCCGUCUCCGCGCAGAACGUGGCGCCAAAGACGACUGUGGAUUCGGGGCAGGGGAAGGACAUGGUGUACUUGGAUCUGGCGGGGCUUCCAGAGCUUCGUUAUGUGGCGCUUCUCCUGGAGGUUGUGUCGAAGACUUUGGAGCACAAACUCCUCAAGGACAGGGAGCUGGAGCGAGAGGCAUAUGAAGCUGCCUUCAACGCAGGCGAUGGGUUGCUUGUCGUUAUUCCACUUCUGCAAGCUCCGCCUGAGGCCGCCGAGCACGCCCUGCUCUGCCUGUCGACGUUCUCGCAGACAUACCUCGAAAACGUCGAGAAGAUGAUCCACUUGGGGGCGCUGGAGGCUUUGAUGGGAGUGCCCUCGCCAAAGUCCAAGCCUAUUGAGUCGCACAUUGCAAAGACACUGGCGGCCCCGGCAUCACGAAGGUCUGCCAGCAAACUCCUCAUGCAGUGCACCGCCGCCCAAAGCUUCAUGGACGUCGUCCAGGAGCACGGCGAGAGGUUUGUGAAGGAGCUUGUGAAGCUGGGCGUCCAGCUUUGGGCGGAUGGAGCCGGAAGCGCGGAGUCGUUCCAGGACAUCAUCCAUGUGCUCCACGCAAUUUCCCUGCACAAGCCAGACAUUUUGAGCAGCUUGGCGGAGAUGAUGCAGCUGCUCCUGCGAUUGGAGAAGGCGCAGACUCCAGCAACACCCCUGGCAGCGGAUAUCUUGAAAAGGCUUCGGAAGGACCGGAAUUUCAAAAGGGCACUCGCGCCAGUGAAGCAGCUGUAUGAAGAGGGCUACGAUCCAGACCUGGAGCUCAAGCUCCGGCAGCAGACUUCCAUGCAGAUGACCGGGGUGAGCUGA